AUGGAAGGAGGCGUACCGAAGGCCAAGCUGCAGAUUUCCAUUCCCAAGAACUUCCAACGCAUCACAGCAGAAGAUCUCGCCUCGCUCCUCUUCAAGCAGCGACACUCGGGCGUCCUCGUCGUCGAUGUGCGGGGUCCUGAUUUCCAUGGCGGCCACAUUCCCGGGGCCUUGAACCUGCCCUUCGAUGACGCGGUCGAGUCGAAGCUGGAGCAGUUGGCCAAGGAGCACGGGCGCAAGGACUACAUUGUGUUCUACUGCAUGUACGGCCAGCUGAGAUCGCCGGCUGCCGCGCUGAGCCUCAUCAAGGCCCUCGGCACCGACGCCGCCUCGCAGGGCAACAACGUUUACGUCCUGGCUGAGGGCUUCAAGAACUGGGUGAAGACGUUCAACGGAAAGAAGGACGACCACAUCGAGAACUUUGAUCGAGAAUGCUGGGAUGAGGUGGAGUCUGAGCUGGUGCACAUCAACGAUCAGCCAAGCCCCAGGGAUCUGGCAGGCCACUGA